AUGUUUUCAGCCGUACGGGUUGGAAUAGGAGGCGCAUGUGCAUUUGGAUUUGUGGCAUUUUUCACUGUUCUGUAUUCAUGUUUCAACCGUGGAAGCUCAAAGAAACGAAGGAGUCCUGCUGCUAAUAAACGAAGGAGUCCUGCUGCUAAUAAGUUGGGAAAUCAGGUUGGCCGUGGCGAGCAAGAACAACCGGCAAAGAAGACCUCUAGUAUCCCUAGUGGUAGUUAUGAGAAAGGUGAAGUGAAAAGGAGUCCAUCAGAGGGAUUUGACACCGAUGAGCAGGAGCACACGAACACACCUGCCAUAACCGAUUCUCGUGUAUCAAGCUUUUCGACCACAAGUGCCACUUCUGCUCCUGUGGUAAGCAAACAGACAUCACAGGAGCAGUAA